UAUCAUCAACCCCUCGCCCCUUUUUCUUUUCUUAGCCUCGCCUAUGGCAUCAUUUUGACUCUUGUUUGGAAUCACAUUUUCUCUGUUUCUCUUCUUGGGGCGGCCAUGGCAGUGGAGCUUAUGAUGGAUUACAGACACGGCGGUAACGGCAGGAGUAGUGAUCUCAGCUUCGCGAAGAAGCUGGAGGAGAGCGCGGUGGCGCAGGAGGCGGCGUCGGGGCUUGAGAGCGUUCAUACGUUUAUCAGAUUGUUGUCGCAGCAGCAGCAGAAUAAGGCGGCGGAGAGCCGGGAGAAGUCGUCGGUGGAGAUUGAAAUGGUGGCGGAUGUGGCGGUGAAUAAGUUCCAGAAGGUGAUUAAUCUUCUGGGUCGAACCCGGACCGGGCACGCCCGGUUCCGGAGAGCCCCCGUCGUUUCUUCUUUGCCGGUUCCGGCGAAGGAUAUCCAGGUUGACACCAAGGUUUAUAAUCCGACGCCGAUUCAGCAAGUUCUGCCGCCGGUUGCUUUCGAUCACUCCCCACGGCCGAAGAGCGCCGCCGGAGGCGGCGGCGGCGGCGGAAAGACGAUUAGUUUCUCGUACUCGCCGGAGGUUUCGCGGGCCAACUCUUUCAAUUUAUCGUCGUUGACCGGGGAGACAGAGAGCAAACAGGCGUCUUCUUCCUCUGCUUUCCAGAUUACCAAUCUGUCCCUGGCCUCCUCCGGCGGAAAGCCGCCGCUUUCUUCGUCUUCGUUGAAGAGAAAGUGCAGCUCCUCCGAGAACAACCUCUCCGGCAAGUGCAGCGGCGGCUCCUCCGGCCGAUGCCACUGUUCCAAGAGAAAGAAGCUAAGACAGAAGAGGGUGACCAGAGUUCCGGCAAUAAGCAUGAAGAUGGCCGACAUCCCACCUGACGAUUUCUCAUGGAGGAAAUAUGGACAGAAACCUAUUAAAGGCUCUCCACACCCUAGGGGAUAUUACAAGUGCAGCAGCGUGAGAGGGUGUCCGGCACGUAAACAUGUAGAGAGGGCUCUGGAUGAUCCGACCAUGCUGAUUGUCACAUAUGAAGGAGAGCACAAUCAUUCCCUCUCUGUACCUGAAACAAGCAGUUUAAUCUUAGAGUCUUCUUAGAUUAUUAUGAUCAGUUCAUUCAUGGUGAUGAGGCUAGCUAGAUCCAGAUCUCAGUUUGCCCUGUAAAAAUUUGUGCAGGCUGCAGGCUCACAGUGUAACCCUAGUAUCUUCUGCUCUAGUGUUAGGGUAUGUGUAGGGUUUGAGUUCUGAGUGAUACUCUAAUUUUAUUUUGAAUAUUUAAAAAUUUCGUGUAGGUUAUUGUAGCUCUAGUUUGUGUU